UUAAGAUGUUUCAAACUUUGCAGUCAUUAAUAAUGAUAGAAUUUUGCAUUAAUACAUAUAAUCAUGGAUUUUGGUUCGCUUCUUCCAACUGCUACAGCCAUUUUUGCGUCGUCGGUUUUUGUGUAUCUUCUUCUAUGGAAAUGGAAACAGCAAAGACGGGAGGUGGUAGAGCUAGUUAAUCAUUGUCCAGAAGCCGGCGGUGCAUGGCCCAUAAUCGGCCACCUUCACCUAUUAGCGGGCUCAGAACCACCUUUCAAAACGUUGGGGGAGAUGGCAGACAAGUACGGCCCAUUGUUCAGUAUAAAAAUGGGAGUGUACAAAACUCUGGUUGUAAGCAGCUCAGAAAUGGCUAAAGAGUUUCUCACCAAAAAUGACAGAGUCUUCGCAAACCGUCCUAAAAGCAUAGCCUCAGAGAUACUGACUUACAACUAUGCUAUGAUUGGGUUUAGCCCAUAUGGUUCAUACUGGCGCCAUGCUCGUAAGAUUGCUACCCUCCAAUUACUCUCCAACCAACGCUUGGAGAAACUAAGCCACGUAAGAGAAUCCGAGGUCAAAACUGCCAUUAAACAACUGUACGAGCUUUGUGUACAGAACAAGAACAAUAACAAUGAUCAUGAUGAUGAGGUAGUGGAGGUGGAGAUGAAAGAAUGGUUUGGAGAUAUAACUCAAAACGUAGUGUUUAGAAUGGUUGUUGGGAAGCGGUAUGUUGAAGCCACAAGCUCAUUUGGUGAACGCUACCGAAAAGCUUUACGAGACUUCUUUGUGUUUACUGGAACUUUUAUGGUGUCUGAUGCUAUUCCGUAUGUGAGGUGGUUGGACUUGGGAGGUUAUGAGAAAGCCAUGAAAAAAACUGCCAAAGAGCUUGAUGAAUUGGCUCAACUUUGGAUCGAGGAGCAUAAGAAAAAAAGGCAGCAACAGGUCGAUCAUGAUGAUGAUGAUUUCAUGGACGUCAUGCUUUCCACUCUUGAUCAUGAUGACUCCGAAUUCGGAGACUCCAAUUCCACCUACGAUGCCGAUACAAUCAACAAAGCUUUGUGUCUGGCUCUUAUUCUAGGGGGCACUGAUACAACAACAGUAACAAUGACAUGGGCAUUGGCUCUACUUGUCAACAACCAAGACACGUUGAGAAAAGCACAAGAAGAAUUAGACCAAGUGGUAGGGAGAGAAAGACAAGUAAAGCAAUCGGACAUAAACAAGCUGGUUUAUCUCCAAGCUGUUAUCAAAGAAACAAUGCGCUUAUACCCAGCCGCACCACUCGCACUCCCCCACCAAUCGGUUGAAGACUGUACUGUGAGUGGGUACCACGUUCCAGCUGGCACACGCCUCCUCCUCAACCUUUCAAAGCUACAACGAGAUCCAAAAGUUUGGGCCGAGCCCAACGAGUUCAGGCCCGAACGGUUUCUGAGAGAAGGAAUGGAUGAGAUGGAGGUCCGAGGACAGAAUUUUGAGUUGAUACCGUUUGGGAGUGGUAGAAGAAUGUGCCCUGCAGUCUCUUUUGCCCUUCAAGUUCUUCACCUCACUCUGGCCACAUUGCUUCAAGGAUUUCAUAUAGCAACCCCAUCAGAUGUUGACCAAGUUGAUAUGCGUGACUCUGGUGGAUUGACUAACCUCAAACACUCCCCACUUAAUCUCCUUUUCACUCCUCGACUCCCACCCAAUUCCUAUUAUUAAAAAGAGUAUUGCUAUUAGGCACCAGUGAUGCCUAGCACCUUCUCGAUAUGUUGUGUUGCGAUUAGCUAGCGAUACUCCUUAAAAGUUAUUAUAAUAAAUUAUAUGGAACCCGAUACUUAAUUGGACCAAUAACGAUAUUGACACACAGGGCCGGCCCUGAAAUGUAGUGGGCUAUAGGGUAAAAAUUAAUUUUUGGGCCCUUAUUUAGAAAAAAAAUAGUAUUUUUCAAAAUCAACAAAAAAAUUGUGUAAUUUUAAAAGGGCAAAUUUUUUUUUUUUGGGCCCCUGAACUAGGUGGGCCCUAGGCACAGGCCUAGCCCGCCUAUGCCCAGGGCCGGCCCUGUUGACACAUAGGAAUGUGCAUUUUAGCAUUUUUCUAUUAAAAAUACCAAUAACUUAUAAAUUAUCAUUAAAGAAAAUUAAGUCCUUGGGUCACUUAUAAAUAAAAACAAGAGAAAAUUAAUUUGAGGAUACGCGUUUCUUUUUAAA